AUGAGCGAACUAAAACCCGCCGGCUCUCCGACUACGGGCAAGACAGAUCACGCUGCCGUACCUUCAAAGCGUUACGAACUCGAACCACCACACAUACCAACUCCUGGUACUGUCCUUCUUGCAUUCACGGGUAACCUAGCUUGCUGGGUCAUUACAGGCGCGGUCGGCUACGCCUCACCCUCGUUCCCGGCCAACGAUGACUGGACGUGCCUUGUCAUGGGUCUCUGGCCGCCACAAGUAUUCGCAAUGGGCUACCUCAUCUUCGUAGCUCUAAAGAAAGGUUGGAUAUCAACAACGCCGAGCUUAUGCGCAGUCACCGUCGGAUCUAGCAUGACGAUCUUGUAUGUUGUGUGUUGGGCUACUUGGAAGAACUUUGCAAUGUUUACCUUCUGGAUUGAGGCAAGCGUCUACUUCUCUCUUGUCUGCGAAGCCAAAUUCCGGAUUUUCGAAGCUGCGGAAAGGAGGAUGGGGAUGUUACUAGAUUUUUGA